AUGCACCUCAGCAUAAUAUCUCUUCUUUGCGCCGUUACCUACGGCAUAAGCCGUAUUUCAGGUCCAAAUUUGACGGCUGUUAACUAUGCUGAGAAGAUAAAAGGACAAAUGCUGAACGGAAGCUUGAUAAGAGAUAUAGAAGUGGAUUCGGAAAGUUCCUGUCAGCUUGAGUGUGUAAAUGAAGAGCGAUGUCAGUCUUACAACUUUGGAACCAUUGAGGGCGACUCAAACAAAUUCAAGUGUCAACUAAGCGACUCUGAUCGAUUUGCUGGAUUUGUUAAAUUUAUUGAGGAUAAAGAUUUCAUUUACAGGGGAAUAAAGAGCUCGUGUGAAGAGGACAGUUUCCAAUGUGGUGAUCAUAGAAUAUGCGUUCCCAACUAUCAAGAUGACAGCGUUCGAUGCCAGUGUAAGCACGGCUUCACAGGAAAACCUUGCGAACCAAAAAGCUGCUCUCAAUUGUUUCAAGAUGGUUUUAAUUCUAGUGGCGUGUACACCAUCAAUCCAGAUGGCGGCAAACCAAUCCAGGUGUUUUGUGACAUGACCACAGACGGUGGAGGCUGGACCGUUUUUCAGAAACGCUUGGACGGCUCUGUUGACUUCUAUCUUAAUUGGGAAUCCUACAAAAACGGCUUCGGAGAUCUGAGCGGAGAGUUCUGGCUUGGAAACGACAAUCUUCACCGUUUAACAGCCGCUGAUGACGUUAUGUUGAGAGUUGAUCUAGAAGACUUUGAAGGGAACAUCACGCACGCUGAGUACAGGAAUUUUAAUGUUGCAGACGAAGCUGACAAGUACCGGCUUUUUGUUGAAGGAUACAAGGGCACUGCUGGUGACUCUAUGACGGUACAUAGCAAUAUGAGGUUUUCUACGAAUGAUCAAGACAAUGAUCCAGAUAGCAGCCACCACUGCUCCCAACACUUCAAGGGAGCCUGGUGGUACAGAAGCUGUCAUCACUCCAAUCUAAACGGAUUGUACCUCAAUGGCUCCCAAGUGUCCUUUGCUGAUGGGGUCAACUGGCUUUCUUUUAGGGGCUAUCAUUACUCACUAAAACGCACCGAGAUGAAAGUGAGAACCAAAGCAUAAGACAAUGUCUAUUCCAGGAUAACGCGUCAAUCAAAUCGAGGCUUCAACAACCCCCCCCCCCCUCCUCCCCCACGUCAACACUCGGGCAUUUGACUGUCGUUCUUUCCAAAGGUUGGGGAACUUCAACCUUGCCUGGGUGGGGUGGGCAAUUUAUCCGGACCUGUCAAGUCCCUCCAGCGGAAUACAUUUGUUUUAUCUUUCAAUAUGGAGCUGUUUAAAGGUAAAGAGCUUACUUUCGCAAGCAGAUGGCUCAGAAGAAAAGGUCUACAAGAAAGUCUUAGUCGCUGAUCUUGCUUUUUACAAACAAAUUAACCAUCAAAUCAAGCAUUUGAGUAGGGUGUUUGAACACAAUUUUGGCCCUGAGAAACGGGAAUUUGAACGAGCCAGUCUUAAAAAGUUCAAAUGCCCGGGGAGUUUUCGGGGGAGGGGAUGUUGAAGCUCUUGAAUUGAUCGACGCUUGACCGACAAGAAAACAAUUUGAACUAAGCCCGCGCUAAACCUCAGUUAGGAAGUUGAUACGUAGAUAUGAUGACACCAUGCUCUUAAUUGAAUAUUGUUAGUAGCUUCAAUGCAAUUUACACCAUUGGAUUAGUAUUUAGGUGUAACUUAAAGUAAACGAUACCAUAAUUUGUUUUUAUUAUUAUGAAAAAUUGUCUGUUGUAUCGGUGUUUUGUUAUUCACCUGGACCUACUUAACAAUUUGGCCCCUAGGGACGGGAAUUUGAACGAGCCAGUCUUUAAAGUUCAAAUGCCCGGGCAGUUUUCUGGGGGGGGGAGGGGGACGUUGAAGCUUUCGAAUCGAUUGAAGCUAAACCGACGCAAGAAAACUAUUUGAACUGAAGUCCGCGCUAAACCUAAG